GUAACAUGUUCUCUAGUUAGGAUAUUCUUCGCAACAUGUUCUCUAGUUAGGAUAUUAUUGUUAACAUGUUCUCUAGUUGGAAUAUUGUUGGUAACAUGUUCUCUAGUCAGGAUAUUCUUGUUAACAUGUUCUCUAGUUGGAAUAUUGUUGGUAACAUGUUCUCUAGUUAGGAUAUUAUUGUUAACAUGUUCUCUAGUUGGAAUAUUGUUGGUAACAUGUUCUCUAGUUAGGAUAUUCUUCGCAACAUGUUCUCUAGUUAGGAUAUUAUUGUCAACAUGUUCUCUAGUUAGGAUAUUCUUCGCAACAUGUUCUCUAGUUAGGAUAUUCUUCGCAACAUGUUCUCUAGUUAGGAUAUUAUUGUUAACAUGUUCUCUAGUUAGGAUAUUCUUGGCAACAUGUUCUCUAGUUAGGAUAUUCUUCGCAACAUGUUCUCUAGUUAGGAUAUUCUUCGCAACAUGUUCUCUAGUUAGGAUAUUAUUGUUAACAUGUUCUCUAGUUGGAAUAUUAUUGGUAACAUGUUCUCUAGUUAGGAUAUUAUUCGCAACAUGUUCUCUAGUUAGGAUAUUAUUGUUAACAUGUUCUCUAGUUAGGAUAUUCUUGGUAACAUGUUCUCUAGUUAGGAUAUUCUUCGCAACAUGUUCUCUAGUUAGGAUAUUAUUGUUAACAUGUUCUCUAGUUAGGAUAUUCUUCGCAACAUGUUCUCUAGUUAGGAUAUUCUUCGCAACAUGUUCUCUAGUUAGGAUAUUCUUCGCAACAUGUUCUCUAGUUAGGAUAUUAUUGUUAACAUGUUCUCUAGUUGGAAUAUUAUUGGUAACAUGUUCUCUAGUUAGGAUAUUCUUCGCAACAUGUUCUCUAGUUAGGAUAUUAUUGGUAACAUGUUCUCUAGUUGGGAUAUUGUUUGUAACAUGUUCUCUAUUUUGGAUAUUGUUUGUAACAUGUUCUCUAGUUGGGAUAUUGUUUGUAACAUGUUCUCUAUUUUGGAUAUUGUUUGUAACAUGUUCUCUAGUUGGGAUAUUGUUUGUAACAUGUUCUCUAUUUUGGAUAUUGUUUGUAACAUGUUCUCUAGUUGGAAUAUCGUUUGUAACAUGCUGUCUAUUUUGGAUAUUGUUUGCAACAUGUUCUCUAGUUGGGAUAUUGUUUGCAACAUGUUUUCCAGUUGUUUGA